AUGACCUCUGAUGAUUUUAUCCGUCGUUAUUUAGGAAUAUUUACAUCGGAUGAUAGAAAUAAAGAAUCCGUGAGUCUAUUGGCCGGAAUAGUGGAUCCUAGAAAAGAUGGACUCAUAUCCUUUUCUGAAUUUCAAGCUUUCGAAGGACUUCUUUGUUUGCCGGAUGCCCUUUAUAAAACUGCCUUUCAAUUAUUCGACAUUAACGGAAAUGGGAUGAUAACGUUCGAUGAAUUCAGUGAAGUCAUUAAAAAGACUACACUUCAUCAAAGGGUUCCCUUCGACAUGAAUGGAGGGUUCAUCAAAUUGUAUUUUGGAAAAGAUAAAACUAGAGUCAUUAAUUAUGUAGAAUUCGGUCAAUUUUUACAUGAUUUUCACGAAGAAUAUGCCACGGAGGCCUUUAGAAGAUUCGACAAAGACGGAACUGGUUUUAUUUCCGCAGCUGAUUUUCAAGACAUUAUGGUAUCAAUAAAAAGUCAUCUAUUGACGCCGCAAGUUGAACAAAAUUUGAUGGCUGUAAACGGAGGACACAGAGUGUCAUUUCCUUACUUUAUGGCCUUUAAUUCGUUGCUCAAUAAUAUGGAAUUAAUAAAAAGAAUUUAUUUAAAUGCAACAAACGGAAAUAAAUUGCAAGAAGUAACAAAGGAUGAAUUUUUGUUUUCCGCACAAAUGAUGUCACAAAUAACUCCGUUAGAAGUAGACAUAUUGUUUCAUUUGUGUCAUUUACUAUAUCAAUCGGGAAAAAUAGUUUACAAUGAUUUACAAGUUAUCGCUCCCGAACAAUAUUUUAAACACAUCAAUAAAAGAUUGGCUGAAAUUCAUGCCGUUUCUAGUCCGGAAGAAAGAGGUGUAUUCAUACAAGUUUUGGAAAGCGUGUACAGGUUCGCAUUGGGCUCGAUAGCCGGAGCCGUUGGAGCGACAGCAGUUUACCCGAUAGACUUGGUUAAAACGAGAAUGCAAAAUCAGAGAAGUGGGUCUUUCAUCGGCGAACUUAUGUAUCGUAAUUCGUUCGAUUGUUUUCGUAAAGUCAUUCGUCACGAAGGUUUUUUCGGGUUGUACAGAGGUUUAUUGCCGCAGCUCAUGGGCGUAGCUCCGGAAAAAGCCAUUAAAUUAACCGUAAAUGAUUUUGUCAGGGAUAAAUUUAUGGAUCGUCACGGAAACAUUGCUUUGUACGGUGAAAUUAUAUCAGGAGGUUGUGCUGGUGGAUCACAAGUUGUUUUUACGAAUCCGUUGGAAAUAGUUAAAAUUAGAUUACAAGUUGCCGGUGAAAUAGCUGGCGGAAGUAAAAUAAGUGCUUUUUCCGUUGUCAAAGAAUUAGGAUUUUUCGGUUUAUACAAGGGAGCAAAAGCUUGUUUUCUCAGAGACGUUCCUUUUAGUGCAAUUUAUUUUCCGGCUUAUGCACAUUUAAAAGCGAAAUUUGCCGACGAAAACGGUUACAAUCAUCCAUUGUCACUGUUAACGGCGGGAGCAAUCGCGGGAAUCCCUGCGGCCUCUUUGGUGACCCCUGCUGACGUAAUUAAAACGAGAUUGCAAGUGGUGGCUAGAGCCGGUCAAACAACUUACUCAGGUGUUUUCGAUGCUGCAAAAAAAAUUUAUCAAGAAGAAGGAGCUCGAGCUUUUUGGAAAGGUACGGCUGCGAGAGUUUUCCGUUCGUCUCCACAAUUCGGAGUCACUCUGUUCACAUACGAAGUUUUGCAAAGAUUGUUUUACGUCGAUUUUGGCGGAACGCGUCCGGCCGGAUCCGAACUCACAUUGCCCGAAACGGGAGUUGCCGAAGCCAUGAAAUCAACAAAUCCUGAUCACAUAGGAGGUUAUCAGGUAGCCUUGCCAAUAUUAAAAGGUAUCGAAACGAAAUUCGGUUUGUGUUUUCCAAAAUUUUCUACGACACUUUCUUGA